UCCCCUCACUCCUUGUCCAGUCAUUGUUUUCUGUUUUCUCUUGUCCAGGCUCUUGUCCAGGCUCUUGAUGAAUGAUUCCACGCCUGACUACUUCAGCAACAUGUCCGCUUCGUACAACUGCUCUUUGGACCUAAUUGCCGAGAGAGGUGGGUGGCUCUGUCCUCAAAGGGAAAAAUGUGCCAAUCUCACAUCCAGCAUGAAUGGCAGUCAUGUGGAUCUGGAUCCUGCAUGUCUAACAGACGAAGAGUACUUAGAUUAUUGCCUUGGUCCUCGUCGAUCGCCUGUGUUCCUUCCCGUGUGCCUUGUCUACCUAGUCAUCUUCUUGGUGGGCGUGUUGGGGAAUGUGCUGACGUGCACCGUCAUUGCACGCAACAAAGUGAUGUGGACGCCAACAAACUACUAUCUGUUCAGUCUGGCGGUGUCAGACCUGCUGGUGCUCCUGCUCGGCAUGCCCCUAGAGCUGUAUGAGCUGUGGCAGAACUACCCCUUCCUCCUGGGGAAGGGCGGCUGCUAUUUCAAAACAUUCCUAUUCGAGACUGUGUGCUUGGCUUCCAUCCUGAAUGUGACAGCGCUGAGCGUGGAGCGUUACAUUGCUGUGGUUCACCCCCUGAGGGCAAAGUAUGUUGUAACGCGCACCCACGCCAAGCGGCUCAUUCUGGCGGUGUGGGGUGUGUCGGUGUUGUUUGCCCUGCCUAACACAAGUCUCCAUGGAAUUGACAUGCUGUACAGGAAUUUCACCAGUCCUGCUGGAAAUAUAAGCGUGGUGAUCCCUGACUCAGCAAUCUGCACGCUAUUAAAACCGCAGUGGAUGUACAACCUGACCAUCCAGGUGACCACCUUGCUAUUUUUCAUUCUGCCCAUGCUUACCAUCAGCACCCUCUACAUGCUAAUCGGGCUGCAGCUGAAGCGAGAGAAAAUGCGUCAGGCACUGGAGGCGAAGUCGGGCUUUGGACAGGACAGCUUCUGUAACAUCCGAACUCAGCAGCAGAAGGCGCGUCGCCGGCAGGUCACUAAGAUGUUGUUCGUUUUGGUGGUGGUUUUUGCCAUCUGCUGGGCCCCAUUUCACACUGACCGCCUCAUGUGGAGUUUCAUCAGCGACUGGACUGACAAGAACCGUGAAAUCUUCGAGUAUGUGCACAUCGUCUCCGGAGUGUUUUUCUACCUCAGCUCAACAGUCAACCCGAUCCUGUACAACCUCAUGUCCACACGCUUUCGAGAAAUGUUCAAGGAGGUCAUGUGCCAUCGGCCACAUCACAUCGCUCCAAGGAAGCACUCGCUCAGUGUCACCCGGGUGACGCUCCGCAGCACUCUAAGCGAUGCGCCACUCAGCAAUGGGGCUGCUGUUGUUGAAGCCGAGGCAGAAGAUGCAGAUGUGAGGAUGAAAGAUGAGACGAGUUUCACGUGCUGAAGGAAAAAAAAUCUUGAAGGGUAUGUCAAGGGGGACAUAAUACUGGUGAGAUAACAUGGUGUUUAGAAAGACUGUCCAGUUCAGAACCACCACAUUCAUCAGCUGUCAUCAACAUCCUCUUUCAACUGGUGCUUGAGCUACAUAACUUAAAAUAGUCUGACUGGAGGAAUGCAGAAAAAAAGGCCUGCUCUUCUGCUGAGGCUCUCAAACUGCUGCUUUUGAAAACUUUAUAUGUAGCUCAGCAAAUCACUUACUGAAGAUGGACUCUUUUCAAGCACACCACUAACUCCAACCUUUGGGAAUCAUGCAUAAAUAUAGAUUUGAAUGUCAUCCUAAGCUCCCCAGUGUAAACAACAUCCAAAGUUCAGUGUUCAAAAGCCAUUUUAAUGACAACACAUGCUCUACUCUUUAUUUUUCUGAAAAAUAUAAUAUAAUACAAUUCACAAAUCUCUACAUUUUCACAUGAUUUGAUGAGCCAGGCAGACCAAUGAAUCCAAAAGCUGGCCUUCGCCAGACAGAGGUUUCACUUGGUUAUGUACUAUAAGGAUACAUGAAACACAAUGGUAUAACAAUACACAUUAUAAAGGAUGAGGAUUAUACAAAAAAGGGUAUUACAUGUAAAUAAUGAUGACGGAUGGAUAUAAGAUCAUUGAGUAGUCAAUGUCUAUUCCAUUCACAAGAAUGCUUCUGUAAUCAUCCAUGAUGUAAUGGUUAGCCACAUUGUAUACAGUAAGAGAUAAAUUGUAUUGUCAAUUAAAAAGAUUUCCAUCACUUGCAUUGUGUUUAAAGAUGUAUGCUGUAAAGAAAAUUGCCAUGUUCAGGUAACAAAAAUGCUUGUCGGGUAUGUUUUGUGCUUACAGUGUUGAUACACGUGUUCAAGUAAUGUCAUCUCUAUGUUGUAAUGUUUUUUGGGGUUCAAAGUAUUCUUUGUGCUGAGACGUUAUCCAUCACUAUGGAAAAAAACAUGACUUGACAUGAAUUUUGAAUUAAAUACAUUUUCAAAAGUUUUUAGAUGAUUUCAAGUUGUUUUUUUUUCUUU